UGUCAUGUCGGCGCCCAGCAGGUCUCCUCACUGAGGUGACGCUCCGCCCCCUUACGUUUACGUGCUGACGUCACAACGUCACGACGCCGUCAGGCCGACCCAGAACUGUCAUGGCGGCUCCCAGCCGUUGUCUCCUCGCUGAGGUAACGCUCCGCCCCCUUUACGCUCCAACGUCAUGACGUCACGACGCCCUGACGUCACAACGCCGACCAAGAAGUGUCAUGGCGGCUCCCAGCCGCCCCUGUGCGGACCCCGCUCCCCCGUUACCGGUACCGGGGGGUGUGAAGCGCUCCCGGCAGCUCCUGCACAUGAGCGUCUUGUGCCUCUGCCCCUCCCCCUGCGGACGGUACCUGGCGGCCGGGAACAACUACGGGGAGGUCGCGGUCUUCAGCCUCGCGGCCGCUCUGAGCGCUGAGGCCAAAGAGGAGAGCAAGAGACCGAUUGGGGUGUUCCAGGCCCAUCCCGGCCCAGUUUACUCCUUGGCCUCCAGUGACCGGCUCCUGCUCAGCGCUGGGGAUGGGGAGGUGAAGGCCUGGGCGUGGCCUGAGCUGGGCAAGAAGGGCACAAGGGAGCUCUGGACCCGGCGGCCUCCAUGCAGGACAAGCCUGGAGGUGCCCGAGAUCAACAGCAUCCAAUUGAACCCCAGGGACAACAGCCUGGUGCUGGCGGGGGGGGACGGAGCCGUGCGGGUGCUGGAGCUGGAGAGCGGGAGCUUCACGCACGAGCUCCGGGGUCACCGGGACCUGGUUCACUGUCUGGCUCUGCGGGAGCUGCCCCCACAUGUGCUGUCGGGGGGGGAGGAUGGGACCGUGCGGCUCUGGGAUCUCCGCACUGGGACCCAGGCUCAGGUCAUUGAGGUGCACAAGUACGAGGAAUGCAGCCGCCCCAACCAUGGGAAGUGGAUCCGGUGCCUGGCAACGGACUCUGAUUGGAUGGUGUGCGGGGGGGGCCCAGCCCUCACCCUCUGGCACCUCCGUUCUGUGACCCCCACGACUGUGUUCCCACUGCCCCCCAGGCAGCACCAUGCACUGUUCCACCAGGACCUGGUACUGGCCGGGGGUCCAGGCCCUGCCCUGCACCAGCUGCAGCUCAGUGGGGAGCUCAGGGGCCGAGUCCCAUGUACCCCCCCAGCCCUGAGGUGCCUGUGCCUGAGCCCCCGGCCCCCCGAGCACCAGGUGCUGACGGUGGCCGGGAACAGCCCCAAGAUCGAUGUGUUCACCAACCUGGGGUACAGGGCGUUCUCCUUGUGCUUCACGUGACCGCACGGGCACCACGUGACCCACAUAGACCCCCUUUUGUAAUAAACCUGCUCUUUUGUA